AUGCUGAGUGCCCAACAACAGCGCGCGCGGAAACGCCGGGGCACGUUAGCGUGCGCGUACCCGCAGCACAGCGACAAGAUGGCGGUCGCCGCCGGAUCAGGCGUGAAGGUUCCUCGCAACUUCCGGCUACUGGAAGAGCUGGAAGAGGGUCAGAAGGGCGUGGGGGACGGCACAGUGAGCUGGGGUCUGGAGGAUGAUGAGGACAUGACCCUCACGCGCUGGAGGGGCAUGAUCAUCGGCCCGCCCAGGACAAUCUACGAGAACAGGAUGUACAGCCUGAAGGUGGAAUGUGGGCCCAGGUACCCAGAGACGCCUCCGUUUGUCCGAUUUGUGACAAAGAUCAACCUCAACGGCGUGCACAAUUCCAAUGGUGUGGUGGACACACGGGCGGUGUCAGCCCUGGCCAAGUGGCAGAACUCGUACAGCAUCCGCGUGGUCCUGCAGGAGCUGCGGCGGCUCAUGAUGUGCAAGGAGAACAUGAAGCUACCCCAGCCGCCCGAGGGCCAGGUCUACAGCAACUGAGGCUCCUUUGUGCUGCUUGGCCCCCUUCUCAGCCCCUUUCCUUUUCCAUUCUGCUUCUUUUUCUCCUUUUUUGUUUCCUUCACUCAUCCCUCCUUCAUUGACCACCCAGCCACAGCCCACCCCCCUGCUCUGUUCCAAAGUACGUACACAGUACCCAGGAACACACAGCACACAGCCCUUUCCCCCUGUACCUCGACAGUUGAAGCGCAGCCCUUCGUGCGCCAAGCCCCCGCACCCUUCUGGAGCUUUCACUGGACGCAAGAGAAGAUGAAGAUGAUGCCCAGACGUCAAGCCCAGUGCUUGCCACACCCAAGCCACCAGUCAUUGAAUACUGUGCAUCGUACUAGUCUUUUUUAUUAUAAUUUGUUACAAAUGCAGAUUGUACAAAGACAUAAAUCCUGUUGCGUGCACCACUGAGUGUGACAUGGUGGAAGAAAAUCUCAUCAGCUGUUACAGGGUCCAACAGCAGAGCACCUUCAGCUCCGGUUUGUAGAGAAUGCUGCCAAUGUGUGCUCCAGAACGUUGGUUCAAAAAGAGGUUUUAGUCAUAAUCCAGUCCAUCACUGAAACCGACCAGGAAACCAGCUUGGUCAGGUGAUUAGGCACAUUAGAGUAACUGGUUUAUGAUGUCUUAACUAGGAUAGAAAUAAAAAGUGCAUCAGUGUAAACAGCCUUUGGAAGACAUAACUUAUGCUACCUUUGGUUCUAAGAGGACUGAGUUCUGUCACACACAGUCAGUACGGUAGUUCGGACAGUGGCUCUAUGGGGAGCGGUAAAUAAGUGCGAUAGGGCUCCAGCAACAGGGAUGGUCGCUACAUGUGUCAUGCUUCUGUGUCGGUGAGCUGAUGUCCAUAUUCUGUGCCUUGGGCUCCUCUUUCUGUUGCAGUGUGAGAGAGAUAUUACUGGGCGAAUGUUUUCCAGUCCCAGCAAAUUUUUUUUUCUAAUUAAAUUUUGGUCCAGCAAAUGUGGGUUUUUUUUCUUUUUUAAAUUAAAUUUUGGCCAAUGUUGCCAGUGUGGGACAUGACUCUGCUUGUACUCUGCAGAGUGAACCCAUUAACCUCUCGGAACGUACCUUUAACCAUCAUUCCACUGCUUUGUGUUGCCCUGUCCUGCCUCCUGCACGUCCGCGUGUAAAAGAGCAGCUUUCUUUUGCGAUUGUUGUAUCAGCCAUCCUAGCUAGUGUUUAAAUGAUUUCUUUCGGUAUAAGAACUGUUGCAGUGAGUGUAGUGUAUUGUCAGUUAUUAUUUUCUGUUACUCCUAUGUAUGCGAGAGUAUGAGUUAUGGGUAAUGGUUAGUGGAGUGGCCCAACACAACUGCCGGAAAUUAAUAUGUAUUUGACUUUCUGGGACAUGAACUGACUCCGGCGACCACGAUAUGCCGUGACUGGACUAAGGGGAUUUGAGGAAUGGCUGAUUGUUUGAAAAUGUAAAAUUGUCUUUCAUUUUGAACCAUUUAAUGAUUAAUUCAUAUUUAACUUUACAAGUUUUUCUGUAGUUUAAGGCACAACCACCAACCCAGACUGCUGGGUAGGCUGGCUAAACUUUUUUUUUUUUUUAAGUUUUGGAAGUGAUUUGCUGCCUGCCUGUCUUGUGUUUAUUCCAGUAAAGCCCUUGAGCUCCAUUAUGUAGCCGCUCACAGUGCGACUAUGCGUAGAGUCGGGACCCCAACGAGCGCUGCGUUGAAUUUGCCCGAAAGCGUCACCACUGCCGUUCCUUUCCUUUUUUUUUUUUUUUUUUGCAGUCCUGUGCUGCACUGGUGUGGAAAACGGUUAAGAGGCAUUCUUCAUGAGUUUGUGUGAGAGUGUGGGCCAAAGGGCACACGUGUUCUUUCAGCAGCUCUCCUGCAACAAUGGCUUGAACCUCGACCCAGUGACUUUUGCCCGUUGAUACAGGGGUGUGUUCUGUGCUGCUGCGCCACACAUCGUAGCCCCACGCAAACCUCUGGUGAAGCGCAAAGAGAGCGAGCAGUCGUUGGAAUCCCUGCUGCAGUGGCUUGAAUAAGGCACGUUUAAUUUUUGACCACAGGUGAACCGCCUGAAAGGUUUUUGCAUUAGCGCCCUUAGGUGAUGAAAUUUAAAAUUCUGUACAAUUUCAAUAACAUACUGUGCUGAAUGGUUUGGUUCCAGUAAACAUCAGUACAAGUUGACUUUGCAGUGCAUGUUUGUUGAACGACAGAAAUUACCUACCCUUAGGGUUUUUAAAUCAGGCGAAGGGCUGCGCCUGUACUUUUACAUGCUUUUGCGUAUCAGUCGUGCCAGGGGAGUUUUGAUCAACAACCUUUGCAAUAUAAAAAGCUGGGUGUACAUUGUGACACGUGCACCCCAAGUGAGUGAGUGAAGAUCAGCAGCUGGAUGUCUUUGCCCUUCCUGACCAUCAUGUGUACCCGUUAAGACAGCUUACCAAUUGUCUGAGGCUUCUGGUACCGCGUAUGAAAAAACCAGCAGUGGAAUUUGAAACUGACCGUGGACGGUCAUGACCAAGCAGGAGAGUUCCAGACGUGUAGUUAAUUUACACAAGGAGCUGUUGAUAAAUAACCAACUUUAUUCUCCUGUUGAACUUUCCAAACCUGUGAUGACACCAAAGAACGGUCUUAUUUGUCACCCCCCCCGGUUGUUUGAGCAGAGUUGUUCUCAUUCUGUGUGGCUGUUGCUUUGUUCAAAAUGAUGUCAAUUGGAAGUGCAGUUCCAGAGCGGUCCCUUUUCACACCCUCAUCAGCUGUGGUAAAAUAAGGUCACAGGUCAGUAAUGCAUUUACUUUUUUGUAUUUCAACAGAGAACACUUCACUGCUGGUUACUUUAAUGUAAUAAUGAUGCCUUAUCAGGAUGAAAUCAACUUUUUUUUCUUUUUUUUUUUUUUUUAAUCUGAGCAAAAUAAAAAUGUGUGAGUUGAGCAGUAAGUUCCCAGAUAUUAGUUGGACAAACCCCGGUUCAUUUGCAUAUUAAAGCAUGCUAACUUUCAGCAUGACUGUUGAGAAAAUGUCGGGGUUUGCUAUGGAAAAAUGGAAAGCAAAAUAUUUCAACUAUUUGUUUACAAGACGAAACAAGAUAAAAGUCGCUGAUGAUAGCAGAGUUGUAAGCAAAAAGCAGUUGUGGGUUUUGCCUGUUAGGCCUGUGUGUGGUUCUUGACUUGACCUGUUUCAGUAAAAUAUGUAUAAAUGGGUAAAUAAUAAUGCUCUAAGUAGUGUAAGCUUCUGUGGACAAAAAUGUCUGCUCAGCGGUUUAAUUAUGUAUAUAGCCUGGAAUAUUAUGGGGUCUAAUUCCAAUAUGCUGAAGUUCAUUAGUAUUUAUGAAAGCUCAUUUAAUCAUGGACGGUGAAAUUAGCAUACCAGCCGUGCACCUCAUUCAAAUCAACAAUAAAAUACAAUGCUUCUUGAUCUUGUCUGUUGGAAAAUGUAUGUUUCUUUACGUGCCAUGUUCUUUAACGAUAAGUAACAAAUUGUUCUGUUCUGUUCCAACACAAAUGUUCCUGGUCUUUUCUCUUUAACCUUAAAAACCUUUAACAGUGGUAAUGUCCAAGGGCUCUCGGGAAGUCCAGAGACCCUCGUAACACUUCCUUUUGUACUGCCUCUCUCUCUCUCUCUCUCUCUCUCACUCACACAAUUAGAUUUAUUUACCAGACUCUUACAGUUGCAUGUUCCCGUCAUUCCUUCACUGCUGUUUGCCUUUAAGUGACGAAUGAGAUUUAAGAGCCGUAGAGUAGUAAAGGAGAGUUAAGCGCCCAUGCUCUAUACACACAUGGCACAUGUGACAUUACCGAAGGACAAGCUGUCCGGCCUCCUGUGCUGCUGCGUGUUCUCUUCGCUGGGGCUGGACUCUGGACGACUCGCGUGGGAGCGCCUUCUCUUCCCCUCUACGCGCGUGGGGAGAGACAGCAGUAGUGUCUUAACUUGCAUGGACAAUCAUGUCCACGGUAUGCUGAUGAGAACAAGAGGAGGUGGGACGACUUGGGACUGUAACUACACAACAGUGAGGAUUGCGGGGUUUCAAAAUGCAGAACAGCUCUACCUCGGUGGGAAGGCUGAACCCGUGGCAGUGAUUUAUGCAGGACUGUGAGAACAAGACGUUUUGGAUCCAGCAUUUUGAAACACACAGGUGAGGCUACUUCCUUGUGGCUUCUGCCAUGGAAGCA